AUGUCCCAUCCUGAACUCGGUCCAUGCCCCCCUCGCUUCGUCGAGCUCAAGAAGGAGAUCGCUGCCUCGUAUCCUGACUUUGAGGCGCGUGUCACGAAGGCGUGGACGGAACUCCUCGCUGAACUCGAGGUCGUGACGGCAGACAUCGCCAAGCAGGGCACGGAGUAUGUUCCCGAAGUGGACUUCGCUGAACUCAGCACCCUCAGUCCUGAGAAGGUUGAGGAGGUCCGGAGGAAAGGGAGCGUCGUCAUCCGCAACGUUGUAGAUGAUGCCGAAGCGGCGUCCUGGAAGGACUGGCUCAAGGAGUACGUCUCGACGAACCCCGGAAUCGAUGGUUUCCCUGCGGACGACAAGCAAUUCUUCCAGCUCUACUGGACGAAGUCUCAGGUCCGCGCUCGCGGGCAUCCGAACGUCCUCGCAGCCACGAGUUGGCUGAACAACUUCUACCACGUCAAGUCGGGCGCGAAGAUUGAGAGCGUCGACCUCUCCACGCCGCUCACCUACGCUGACCGCUUCCGCAUCCGACACCCAGGUGUGCAGUGGGACGCUCACCCUCCGCACGUGGAUGGUGGUGCAAUUGAGCGAUGGGAGGACCCCACGUUCAGGAAGUGUUUCGAAGACAUCCUGACUGGUAAUUGGCGCGAUCAUGACCCGUACGACCUGGAGAACCGGAUGAACGCCCGCACCUCCUUGUACAACCGUAUUGGCCAGGCUACUGUGUUCAGGACAUAUCAGGGCUGGCUCGCUGUCAGCGAGACCGCACCCCACGAGGGAACCUUGCAGGUCUUCCCGAACGUCUACCUUUCGAACGCCUACACCAUCCUGCGCCCGUUCUUCCGGCAGAUUCCCGGCACCGAGGACCCGCUCGACCCCAACAACUGGGAGUAUGACAUCUCGGACUCGGACUUCCCUGGCGUGUACUCGACCGGCUCUGGGUUCCGCGGACCGUGGCCGAACACGAAGAAGCACCCGCACAUGAGGCUUGAGCAGACGAUGGUGUCUGUGCCGAAGGUAUACCCGGGCGACAUGGUCUUCUGGCAUUGUGACGUCGUACACGCCGUUGAGAAGGAGCACACCGGAGCCGAUGACUCCGCCGUGAUGUACAUCCCCGCCGUACCGCUCACGCCCAUGAACGCGGACUACGUGCGUCGGCAGAAGGAGCGCUUCCUGCAGGGCCUCCCGCCACCGGACUUCCCGCCCAGCAAGGGUGAGAUCGAGCACGCCGGCGUGGGCAGGCCGGAGGACAUCGAGAGCCCGAUUGGCAAGCGUGCCAUGGGCCUCGCGAUCGAGGUGGUCUGA